AUGAACGUACCACAAAACACCCCAGACUUGACAUAUGUUGAACAAGUCCACGAUAAUAAACCUCAACCGAGCUUACCUGGCCCAAAUGAUAAAAGCCUUCCCAAAAAGUCUGCCCAAAUAAAAAGGAACAGAGGAAGCACCUUUCCAGGAACUAGCUCUCCUGCCCCCAAACAUUUUGAGGGCUCGAAGAAACAAGACUGGAAUGUGCACAGCAAUCAACUGGAUCCUAUGCGAAGAAACAAACAGAAGUCUGACUCUGGUAGCAACAGCCCACUUUCCAAAGUGACCGAAUCAAGUAGUCAUUCAUUAAAUCAUAAUGCUCCUAAUAUGAACAACAGAGAAGAGCAGUGUAACUCUUUCGCAAAUCAGUAUGCAAGGGAUUUCCCGGCCUAUUCUCAGGACGCCCGCCAAGAACGAAGAAGGGUAUAUAAAGACUCCAACGUACAGGCUAGGGGAGAUAGAAAACCGAUCCCAGCUACAUUUCGAAAGCCAAAGUCAUACUUUGCAAGACAAAGCUUACUCCCACCAACUUCAAUCAUCCACUGGGUUGAAGUUAAGAGCAUAAGUAAGGUCAACAAUGCGCAAGUCGAUCAAAAUGGAAGUCCUAACCAGAGGACAACAUUUGAUAAUUCUGAGAAUCAAAAUUCACCUUUAACUUCCACUGUCUACGCGGAAAAGCCAUAUACACCACCAGUUAUAGUCACCUCAAAUCCUAUCACUAUAAAGGAACGUCUGGAAGUUCACUCCAACUUUACACUAAACCCGAAAGCUUCAAACUUCGAAAUGGUGCCAAAAAGUACCUUCCUAGAGGCUCCGGGGGGAGAAGAUGAAUACGUUGGUUACUAUAUGACUGAAGAUGUAAAGAAAUUUCAGGAUCCUACAGAGAAUGUUUCUGCCAUUUCACAUAAUGGCCACCCAAUGGAUUGGCAAUUACCGGAUAAUAACACAGUUAGAAGGAUUCCCAAAGAGCUUGUUGAAAGAGUUCCGGGUAAGAUGAAUUGGGACAAUGGCACUUUCAAUAUCAUCAGAGAAGAUCGUAGUAUCAGAUCUUGGGGAAGCUGGAACUCCGAGGAUGAAGCGGAGGUGCAAGCACGCCUAGCUGCAACAGGAUCUUCCACAUCUCUACAAGGAAGCGAGAAACUGAACCUAAUCCCCGAAGAAUUGAGUUCUUCUGUUCAGACCGAGACCGUAAAUGAACAGUCGGAGCAGGUCAUCAACGAUAACCAAAUAGAAAAUGCACAUACUAUUGACGGCGUUCGGAGCACCGAGAGUAACCACGAAGAGCUAUCAAAAUGCUCUGACAAAAGUCAGCUUCUCGGGUCUAUUGAGGCUUUCAACUGCACAAAGGGGGCAGAGAACGAUAGUGUCGGCAUUUUUACUCGAGUUGAAAAGAUGGAUAACGGUUUUAGCAACCGUCCUGCUGGCCACAAUUCUAAAAAUGGUACUGAAGGGGUAAAAUCUGAAGGAAAUCCAACACAGUCUCAGGCCUUAGGAGGCAAAAAGCCUAAGUCUAAGGGGAAAAAGAAAAAGAAGACAGGCUCAAUUACGCUUCCAAAAAACAAGCUAGAAUCAGAAGUCGAAGAAAAGUCACACAUAAACGACAAAGCGGAACCAGCAUUACCCUUAAUAGCUAUACAACCAGUUCAGGCACAAGUGACGGCGAUUGAUCCACCAGCUGCUUUAAAAAGGAAUGAGCACUUAAACAUGUCGACACCCCUUCCUGCAAAGGAAAAACUAGAAAUCACCAAGAUCGCGGUCACUAAGGAUGUUGCACGACCGGUAUUCAACUACCGUGAUGCUUUGCUUAAGAAGGUGGAAACCCCACAGGUCUCACCUGUCACUUUACCAAACCACCAAAUCCAAAAGACUGCAAAAAACAUUCUCUCAAAUCCCCAAACACAAAAGAUUGAAAAAGACACCCCCUCAAAACCCAUCACUCCUAAGGCUCAAAUCCAGCAAGCUGAACCUGAUUUUGAAAGCGGACCCUCUACAGAAGUAGGUCUUCGUCGGAAGUUUUUCUUGCAACCCAUCCCAAGUACGGUCACCUACCAUUCGCUUAUCCAACAGCUUAGAGGUGGAAUGCUCGAAGAUAUAUAUGUCUCGGGAUUAUCACCACACCCAUCUGCAUGGAAAGGCGUAAGGGGUGAUAGUGAAAACCGGGGAGGUGAUGAAACUCGAAGUUUAUACGGGGGGUUCGACGACGAAGCGCCUGGUUUUUUCAUCCUUGAUGGUGUCAAAGUUCUUGUCCGCUGGAGACAUAAUGACCAGCGUCUUGUCAACCCCGCAACAUCGAGAGCGGUGAAGGACGAGCAUGCCACCAGAUGCAUUUUACUACAAUUCAAUGCUGAAGCUGUCACGCAGUGGAUCAAAGAGAGAAAGACAGUGCCAGGAAAACUUGUCAAGAACGAGAUAGUAUUCAAUGAAUCUGAUAUUAUCAAAAAAGUAAAGGCUGAUAUCGAAUCCUGGGGUAUGGCGGAUUCGAACCUCGAAAACGUGGAAGUUAUUGGUUCUGAAAAUAUGCCUGAGUCAACAAGAAUGGCAGAGAAUUAUGAUGAUAAGCAAAAACCGAAAGAUAUCAAGGUUCUUGUCUCAUUCAUCAAAAUUUUGAGUGCUGUAAAACUCAAGAGAUUUCUUCUCAAUAAACCGGAAUAUACUAAGGGAGGCUAUUGCAAAGUCGAGUAUUACAAGGAUGUGUGUGCUGAACCGAUCGACAAACUUAAGGCCAUCCGAGUGGCCGAAUUAAACGCCGUCAAAAACAGCACUAGUUCGCGCCGAAAGAAGAAUGCGGCUCGUGCUGCAAAAGAAAGCAUUGCCGAAGAAAACGGUGCAGGCAGGAACAUCGUCGAGGGAAAAGAUUCUAAGGGUGGUGCGGUGAAAGAAGGCACUGUUCCCACCAGCGAUCCAAGUGGAGGCGUCAUCGCAAAGGAAGAUAAAGGAACGACAGGGAAAAAGAGCGCGGAAGGAGGUCAAGGGAAGGUAGCUGGUGGAAACAAGCAGCUCAAUGAAGGGCCGAACAAAUCUAAAAAGACAGUUGUUAUUGGCAAACUACUUUAG